GAUGUAAUAAACAUAAAUAAAUAAAUGUGAAUCUGAAUUUGUGCACUUCUCUUCUCUCUGUUUGUGGUUCUAUAUUUGGAAAUCAUCACUCUGUAACCAAUUCGAAAUCCCAAUUUCAUUCGCGGAUUCAAGUUUCUCCCAAAUUGUCUUAUCUUCCAUUGCGAUCAUGUUCCCUUUCUGCUUCAUCUUCAUACUCAAUCCUCCCGUUUUCAAUUCCUUCUGAAAAUCUGUUUCGGUUGUGGGUGGUCGAUUGUUUUUUCGCACCCGACAGCGGAACCAGCCAUGAGAUUCAAAUGUCUCUUCUGCUGGAAAAAGAAGCCCUUCACCUCCGUCACUUCUUCCAUCGUCUCCUCGCCCUCGACGCAUGGACCCCGCUCCUCAUCCGGAGAUUCACACUCUCGGAACGCGGAACUCGAGGAGGUUUUCAAGAAAUUCGAUGUAAACGGUGACGGAAAGAUCUCCUCUGCCGAAUUAGGCUCGAUUAUGGGGAGCCUAGGGCACAAGGCCACGGAAGAAGAGCUCGCCAAGAUGAUCGAGGUAUUCGACGCGGAUGGCGAUGGAUUCAUUAAUCUGCAGGAAUUUGUGGAGUUAAACACUAAAGAAAUCGAUCCCGAGGAGUUGUUGGAGAAUCUGAGAGAGGCAUUUUCGGUUUACGAUAUCGAUGGAAACGGAUCGAUCUCGGCGGAGGAACUGCAUAAGGUUAUGAGGAGUUUGGGGGACGAUUGCUCGGUGGCAGAUUGCCGGCAGAUGAUCAGCGCCGUCGAUAGAAACGGCGACGGACUGAUUAGCUUCGAUGAGUUCAAGGUAAUGAUGUCGGCUGGGCUCUCCGUCGCAGGCGGUUGAGUUUGAUAGUCGGCCGGCGGAUUUCGUGAGGAAUGUGCAUAUAGUUUGCCAUAAUUCGAAUACGUUUUGUUUUUUUU